AUGUCGAAUCAGACGCCCACGUCUCCUCCACUCUCUGAUUCGGAGGAUGAUUCUCUUAACAGUGUUUUAAGUCCAAUAUCUCCUUUUGCUUACCCAGAUUUGGAAACGCCAAAACCUCCAAAACCAAAAGUUUCUGGUAAACAUCUGACGGAAAACAACAACGCCCUUAAUCAAGACGAUUUAUCUACCCCUACUGCUCGCCCAGAGAAAGGAAGAAGGGUAUUGAGCGAAGGAGAGGCCCCUCUCAGUAAUGAAGUUGAGGAAACUCACCAAUUAACCCCCCGAAGCCCUGGUUCGACUUCUAAUACUAGCUGGAUGCUAACUCGAGGAGGGUUGUUUGAUAGUCCUAUUUACGAUCUAAAGACCGUUACUCAAAAUUCCAGUUUAAUCGCCGAUCUAAAGGCCGUCCGAUCAAAGUUGGCAACUUUGGAACAUGAAAAUGGACUCCUUUCAAUGCAGUUAAUGUCAAAAUCAAACCGAGAAGGUUGGGAAAAGAAUCCUUCAGACAUGGAUGCUUUAACGUCUAGUGAGGAUUAUCAGUAUUUUCAAAAGAAGGUUUCAGAAUUAGAAUCAGCUCUGUCAUCUAAGCAAUCCGAAGCGUAUGAAUUAUCCAGACAGCUCCUAAAUGUCACACAAAGGCUUGAUCAAAAGGAAAAAGAAUACGAGACUGUGAUUCAAGAUGUGAAAUCAAUGAAGGAUAAGAUGAACCAUGAUCAAGUCUCAAAUUCUGACCUUCGAGCUGAGCAAGAAAGGCUACAAAGGCUGUUGGUUAGCUCGAAUAAUACAAUUGGAUCCCUGAGACAAACAGAAACCACCUUGCGUAGUCAAUGCAAGGAUGUAGAAAAAAAAUUAUCAGCUCUUAACGAAUCAAAUUCCAAUAAGGAUGAAAUCAAAGAUUAUCAAGAGAAACUGCAAGCUCUUACGAAUCAACUAAAGAAAAAGGAACAUAUGAUUGAGGCCUUGAGAAAAGAUACUCAAUCGCUAGAAAAUACCUCCGCAGACAAUGCUGAACUUAUUGAGAAAAAUAGAAAACUUGAAAAGAUUCUCAGAAGCUCCAUUGCUAGCUUAAAAGAUUCCAAAGAAGAAAUUACAAGUAUGCAAAACAAGAUCAAUGAGUUGGAAGGUCGUUCUAGUGAUCUACAGUAUAAGCUGAACACUUUGGAGGAUGAGUCGGGUGAAUUUGAUUCCGUUAAGCAUCAUUUACAAGCUACUUUAGAGGAAUCUAACUAUAAGCUUUCGGAGAAGACUGAAAGUCUUAAUCAUUCGAAUCAACAGCUCCAGGAGCUCGAAGCUCGUAUUACCGAAACUAAUAAGCAUCUCGUUUUGGUCACGUCUGAGCGAGAUCGAAAUUCUUCGGAAGUCAAGGAUUUGCACGAAAAAAUUACAGAAUUGCAGAAUUUAGUGACUUCCUCUUCCAAGUCUUUGGAAGAUAGUCAAAGUAUUAUAGCACAGAAAGAAAAUGAGUACUCUAAACUAACGUCUUUACUUGAGGAGAAGGAACGCUUACUGUUUGAAUCUAAGAAUGAAAGCGUGAGCAAAAAUCAGUAUGUUGAGACGUUGAAAGAUCAAGUUAAAAAGUACGAGGAUAAUAUCGAAGAUUUAACUUCAGAAUUGAAUGAAAGAAGAAAUGUUAUAGCCAAGCUAGGUGAUGAAUAUAAAAGCUUGAGUGCAUCUAGGAAUGAAGAACUAGCUGAGAAGGAACAAGCUCAGAAGGCUCUCGCUGAUGUGCAAGACUUAUGCAAGGCAUUCCAAGAUAGAUUAAAGGAUUCAACCCUGAGUUUGCGAAAUAUGGAAAAACUGCUAGAAGAAUCUCAAAAUUCUAACGGAGAAGAGGUUCAUACCCUCAAAGCGGAACUCAGCAGGAUAAAGUCAUCUCUAGACGAAAAAGAUUCCUACGUUUAUAAAGUGAAUGAGCAGAUUAUGUCUUUAAAUAAGGAUUUUAAUGAUCUUCAAGCCAAUAAUGAAGAACAAAGCCGAAGUUAUGACUCUCUCAACGCAAGUUUUGCAGAGUUACAGAAGAAGUUCAAUGAUUCACAAGAAAUGAAUAAUAGCAUGGAAAGUGAAAUUAAAACUCUAAGAGACUCCUUAUCUAAGUUAGACGAGACCGAAGAUUCUCUCAGAAAGCUGGAAGAGCAUAACCGGGAUUUAAGUGACCAACUAAAUGUUUACAAGGAUCAGGUAGAAGAAAAAGAAAACUUCAUCAUUUCCCUUGGUGAUUUGAGAAAAUUGAAGGAUAAUCUUGAAAGUAAGCUUGAUUCCUGCCAAAGGUCGUAUGAUGACUCACAGUCUGAAGUAACCUACCUGAAAUCCAUGAAUGAAUCUUUAGAGGCUAAACACUCUACCUUUAGUUCUUCUUUCGAAAAGAUUUCGACUGAAUUGCAAAGCGUAAUGAAAGUGAAAGAUGAGACUUUUGGAGAAUGUUGUCGACUUAAGCAAUGUCUCACAUCUUUGACCGAAGAAUAUAAAGAGCUUUCAUCCGAUUAUUCAGGAUUAAAGCAAGCAUACCAAAACUCUGAGGAAUCAAAUAAUAAUCUUCGGGUUAAUUCUUCUAAACUUACUGAAGAGAUUGGACACCUUAAAUCUUCUCUUCAAAAUGUUGUGUCAUCUCUUUCAUCAAGUAAGGUAGUGAUGAAUUCUUUGACAGAUGCAAAUAAAAGACUUCAGGAUGAGCUAGCUGUUUUGCGAAGCAACCACGAAGGCGUUACUAAACAACUUAAUUCUGAUCGCGAAAAGCUUUUUAAAGCUAGCGACUUGUACGAGUCCUUAUUGCAAUCAGCAACAGAAACUGAGAAGAACUUACGAUCUGAAAACGACGGGUAUGCUGGAAAAAUUUGCGCAUUAGAACAAGAAAAAGAAGGAUUGUUUAAAGAGAAAGAAGAUUUGAAUCAAAAGGCUCUUUCGCUAGCGGAUGAAGUUAAGGAUAAAAUAGAGAAGCUUUCUAACUUGGAGGUUUUACAUAGCUCUCGAGAGGAAGAAUUUAAGAAUGCACGAGACGAGCUAUCUGAAAAAUCUAAAAUCCUUAGUCAGACUAUGGAAAUUGUGAAACAGCUUGAGGAGGAGAAGUCCACUACUGGCAAAGAAAUUAAGCAUCUCAUGUCUUCGAAAGAAAAUAUAGAAGAAGAGCUACGUACAUUGAAUUCGAGUUUGGCAAGCUUACAACGGUCUUUGGAAGAUCAAAUUGCUGAGAAGGAAAAUCUAAGUGAAAAGCUCGUUAAAUCUCAAGAUAGCAUAUCUGCUCUAGAGAAAGAUCAAGAAAGCGUACUGUUAGAGAAAAACAACCUUCAAAAGUCUAAAGUGGAUUUAGAACAGGCCCUUGAAUCUGUCGAACGUUCUUACGCUUCUUUAUCUGAAGAACAUCGUUCAAUUCGCGAUGAAUAUCAAUCCCUGGAAGAUGCUUUCUCUAAGUUAAAAGAAUUGAAUCAGAAACUGAUAGAAAAAAUCAGCCAAUCUGAAGAUUUAAGUAAGCAGCUCAAAGAAAAGAAUGCCGCUGUGGAUGAUAAACUUCUGGAUACCACGAAACAACUAAAAGAUACAGAAGCUAUGUUGGCACAGAAGAGCCAAGAAUUUUCUGAUGUACAAAGUGAAAAAAAUCUUCUUAAUCAACAACUCUAUGAGGCUGAAAAUUCUAGCAAAAAGCUUGAAGAAAAGAAUACCGCUAUGGAUAAUAAGCUUUUGGAUGCUAUGAAACAACUAAAAGAUACAGAAGCUAUGUUGGCACAGAAGAGCCAAGAAUUUUCUGAUGUACAAAGUGAAAAGGAUCUUCUUAAUCAACAACUCUCUGAGGCUGAAAAUUCUAGCAAAAAGCUUGAAGAAAAGAAUACCGCUAUGGAUAAUAAGCUUUUGGAUGCUAUGAAACAGCUAAAAGAUACAGAAGCUAUGCUGGCACAGAAGAGCCAAGAAUUUUCUGAUGUACAAAGUGAAAAAAAUCUUCUUAAUCAACAACUCUCUGAGGCUGAAAAUUCUAGCAAAAAGCUUGAAGAAAAGAAUACCGCUAUGGAUAAUAAGCUUUUGGAUGCUAUGAAACAGCUAAAAGAUACAGAAACUAUGUUGGCACAGAAGAGCCAAGAAUUUUCUUAUGUACAAAGUGAAAAGGAUCUUCUUAAUCAACAAUUCUCUGAGGCUGAAGAGAAUAUUUCUUCGCUUCAUCAAAGCAUUGCUCAAUUUGAAAAUGAUAAGAAGGAGUUGUCGGCAAAGAUCGAUUCCAUAGGUAAAGAGAAUGAAGAACUAAACAGUCUAAGGAUAGGAUUCAGCGAAGCAUUUAAUUUCCUUUUCAAUAUGACCAAAGACGUAUCUUCCUUUGACGUUUCAGAAUUUAGUCUGAAGGACCGUUCGGAAAUACUAGAAGCAACUUCUUUGUUUACAAACUGUUUUAAAGAAUUAACUAACAAGUUACGGAAUAAAGAGACAGAGUUACAGGAUAGAAUUCAAGAUGCUGACACGCUAUCCAACGAAUUGAGAAACGUCAGAUCAGAUCUGAAUUCGCUCUCACAGCUUUUCAGUGAUACUAAAAAAGAUUAUGCUUCCCGUGAACACGAUCUGAUUACCCAGCUGAACGACUUGAAUUUGGAGGUUGAUUCAUUCUCAAAGUCAAUUGAGAGUAAUUCUUCGGAAUUACAAAGAAAAGAGGAGUUGAUAGGAGGCUUGAACCAAAAAAUAAACAAUCUACAGAGAGAUUUGGAAAGCAGCUCUGAGGAAGCAAACACUCACAAAUCAGACUUGGAAAAUAAGCGAUCACUCGUAAACAAGUUGACUGAGAGGAUUGAGAUUGUAACUAAAGAAAAACAGUCGGUCUCAGAAGAAUUAACCGGAAUAAAAAUGUCAUACGAAAAGGCUAACAAUAAAUUGUCUGCGACAGAGGCAGAGCUUCAUUUUGUUCAGGAUAAUCUAUCAAAGAAGGAAGAUGAAUCUAAGAAAUUGAGUUCUAACCUGCAUACUUUGAAAAAGAAGACUGACGAACACAUGGUUUUGAUUAAGGGUUAUGAAGUUGAUUUACAGAACUCUGCGAAUACGAUAAAUCAUCAUUUAGCAACUAUCGGUUCCCUUGAAAAAGUAAUUUCUGAAAAUAAAGAAAAGUUGGAAGCCUCUUCUAAGGAAACUAAUGCUGCAAUUCAACAGUUAGACUCCGAGAAAAGAAAAAUAUUAAAGGAUUUGGAACAAAAGCGCUUGUUGAUAACAGAGAAGAAUGAGAUAAUUGAAUCCCUUCAAAAAUUCAAGAAUAACUCUGAAGAUAAGUUGGCGAAAUUAGAAGAGGAACUGCAUACUUUGAAGAAUUCUAGCGAAGAGUAUGUUCAGAAAUUGCAAGAUGCCGAAUGUAAGGCAAAUAAUCUUCAAAACUUGUUAAAUAGAAGCAAUGAGGAGCUUUCAGUUAAGGAUCAACAAUGUAAAGAACUACAGUCUACCCAACAAUCGCUAACUGUUGUCCAAAAUGAACUAAAAGCGAAGUGCAGUACGCUGAGCUCGUUAGAGGACGUUUUAACAGGAACUCAAGCACAUAACACGGAGCUUGAGGGAGAAGUUAAAAGGUCAAUGGAGAGGAUUAAGAGAAGAGACGAUCGUUGUGAUCAUCUUGCUUCGAAAGUAAAGAAGUUACAUCAGCAGUUAAGUCAACAACAUGAUACAUUUUUCGAAGCUGAGCAGAAGCGUAUCUUACAAUUGACCAACUUGAAGGAUACCGUAAAGAAGCAAGAUAAGCAUUUAAAGAAGCUGAUCCAGAAGCAGGAUGAAUUGGUUCCUAGAAGCACUAUACUAGUCUACGAGGCUUAUAUAAAGGAUAUUGAAAAAGAAAUUAUAAUUCUUCAAGAACGAUUAAAUUCACUUGAGUUAUCACAGCAAGUACCGAAAGGAUUGGCUAGAUUCUUGGGGCGAUCGACCAACACAUUCGAACCGGAAGUUAUGGAAGUCUUUAAGCGACAACUCGGAAAGUUGCAAAACAUUGUCGGUCCCAACUUUUCCGAUAAGUUCCAGGAAGAUCUAGAUCGCUGCAUAACUGACGAAAAGGAACGUCAAGCUACUUAUUUCGAUUACACGCAAAAAGUGGACCAUUUAGCAGAGUGUCUUCAAGCUUUACAAUUCGCUUUGGACAGGGAGAUUAACUUUAAGAAAUCUUUGGCAUUAUGGAAAACGGCUUGCUAUGAUGGAUUGAAAAAAUACUAUCCUGAAGUUCAAGUUGAGAAGUUGCUUGAUGGUUCUCUUAAUAGCGAAGAAAUUAAGAAGCCAUCUCUACGCUCAAUUUUUCUCUGCGUCAUGUCAUUACAGCGAUUAAAGUCCUUAGGAGGAAGUUAUUCUCACUAUGGAAAGACAAUUAAAAGUAUUGCAUAUUAAGGCUUCAGUUUUUUUGGUUGCAACUAAUAAUAUAUUCAUGCAAAUUAUUUAUAUCUUAUUAAAUGGUAAUGGUAAUAAAUGAUUACGAAAUUUUAAG